UCUUUGCACUUACUGCUUCCUUGUUCUUUUACCUUCCCAUUUCAUUAAAAAACAAAAACAAAACAUGGUUAAGAAACAAAGAUUAUUGCUUUGCACGCCCCAAUCACUAUUUACCUUCUUCCUGUAAUCACGGGGAGCCCCUUUAAAGUUGCCAUCUUUCCUUCCAUGUUUCCUACUCUUAUUAAAUAACCUUUUUCUGCCUCCUCUUUCCAAUUUUUAAUCUUUCUGAUUAAAUAAAUAUGGCAACAAAUACCACUUGAAAUUACCCUUUUGGUUUCUGCAGUAGAGAGGUUCCGUUUGAGGUAGUGUUGUACUGGGGGAGGUCAGAACGGUCUCUAUAGAGAGCCUUGACUGAGAUAUUUUUCACAUCAGAAAGAACAAAAUGGCCAGGGAUUAUAGUGGUGGAUCGCCAAAGCAUCACCACAUAGAAUCCAAGAAGAAGAGGCUCACUUGGAUCUUCGGGGUUAGUGCGCUCUGCAUAGUAUGUUACAUGUUAGGAGCUUGGCAAACCACUUCUGCCCCUGUCAAUCAAUCUGAGCUCUACCAAAGGGUUGGUUGUGAUGAAACGCCAUCUCAGUCCGGGAACAAAACUUCCUCAUCCGUGUCAUCAUCAUCAUCAUCGCUUCACUUGGACUUCGAAAGCCAUCAUCAAGUGGACAUCAACAAAACCGAGGCUGUCCAGAAGUUCCCACCGUGUGACAUGUCCUACAGCGAGUACACUCCAUGCCAGGAUGCAACAAGGGAGAAAUUCGACAGGAGCAUGUUGAAAUACAGAGAGAGGCAUUGCCCUACCAAAGAAGAACAACUUCUUUGCCUUAUUCCUGCUCCACCAAAGUACAAGACCCCUUUCAAGUGGCCUCAGAGUCGUGAUUUUGCUUGGUAUGACAACAUUCCGCAUAGAGAACUCAGCAUUGAGAAAGCUGUCCAAAAUUGGAUUCAAGUCGAGGGUGAAAGGUUUAGAUUCCCUGGGGGAGGUACCGGGUUUCCAAGGGGAGCUGAUGCAUACAUAGAUGAAAUGAACGCGCUCAUUCCUCUCACUAAGGGCAACAUCAGAACUGCAAUUGAUACCGGCUGUGGUGUAGCCAGUUGGGGUGCUUACCUGUUGAAGAGGGACAUCUUGACAAUGUCUUUUGCGCCGAGAGAUACGCAUGCAGCGCAGGUCCAGUUUGCAUUGGAGCGUGGAGUUCCUGCUAUGAUUGGUGUCAUGGCUUCGAAGAGGCUUCCCUACCCUGCAAGGGCUUUCGAUAUGGCUCACUGUUCCCGCUGCUUGAUCCCUUGGACGAACUAUGAUGGUAUGUAUCUAAUUGAAGUGGACAGAGUUCUAAGGCCUGGUGGUUAUUGGAUUCUUUCCGGGCCGCCUAUUCACUGGAAAAAACACUGGAGAGGAUGGGAGAGAACUCAACAGGAUUUGAAACAAGAGCAAGAUUCUAUUGAGUCUCUUGCAAAGAGCCUGUGCUGGAAGAAGGUGAUCGAGAAGAACGAUCUUGCAAUCUGGCAAAAACCUAUCAAUCAUGUCGAAUGCAUUAAGAGCAGGAAGGUGUAUAAAACACCACAUAUAUGCAAAUCAGACAAUCCAGAUAUGGCUUGGGAAAGAGAAAUGGAGAGUUGCAUUACUCCUCUACCGGAGACAAGCAAUCCCAAUGAUGUUGCUGGUGGGGCGUUGGAGAAGUGGCCUCAGCGUGCAUUAGCUAUCCCGCCUAGAAUCAGCAGUGGUUCAAUACCAGGAAUCACUGCUGAUAAACUCCGCGAGGAUAAUCAACUGUGGAAGGAAAGGGUGGACCAUUACAAGCGGAUCGUACCAAUUUCCAAAGGAAGGUAUAGGAAUGUGAUGGACAUGAAUGCUUACCUCGGUGGAUUUGCUGCAGCAUUGUCAAAAUAUCCGGUGUGGGUUAUGAACACAGUCCCAGCCAACUCAAACCAGGACACUCUUGGAGUGAUUUAUGAACGGGGUUUCAUUGGACAUUACCAGGAUUGGUGCGAGGCAUUGUCCACAUAUCCCAGAACAUACGAUUUCAUCCAUGCUGGGGGAGUCUUCAGCAUAUACCAGGACAGGUGUGACAUAACACUCAUUUUACUGGAGAUGGAUAGGAUUCUGAGGCCGGAAGGAACGGUUGUGUUUAGGGAUACUGUAGAGAUCUUGGUGAAAAUAAAGGCGAUUACCGACGGGAUGAGAUGGAAGAGCCAGAUUCUGGAUCAUGAAAGUGGACCUUUUAAUCCAGAGAAAAUUCUUCUUGCAGUGAAAACUUACUGGACUGGUGAAGAAAAAAAAGGAAGCUAGUAAAGAUGUAGUAGUGUAUCCUUUUUUUUUUUACUUUUUGCUUUUGCUUGCAAUUCUACUUUUGCUUCUUUUUUUAUUUUUUUUAUUUGUAACUUUUAUUUUAACUCUCUUCGUGCAUCACCAAUGUUGUGCUCUGGGAUUGUGUAAGAGAAUAUAAUCUGCUUCUAGGUGGGAAAUUGGAUAGUUUUUUAA